AAAUAUUAUGAAAAUCUGUCGGGAUCGUUCUGCGUAUAUUUGGCAACAUUCGUAACACGUGUAAACAAUAUGGCUUCUUGCGACAUUUCUUCAUCCCCAGAAUCGUCAGAUAUAGAAACAGACGAAGAAUUUGACGACGAUUCAUCCGAGUCUGGAUCAGAUUUUGAUCAGGAUGAUUCAGACAGCGACCAUUCCUUUGGAAGUGAGACAGACAGCGAUGACAACCAGGACACAAAUUCCACAUUAUUUGACCUUGAUAGCCAGGCAAGCGACAUUAGAGAUUCUGACUUCUGGACUGAUGUUGUGGAAGAUUUUGAUGUUCCAGACUUCGUCGAUGCUUCAGGCCCCACUCAUCAGCUCUCUUCGGAUGCAAAUCCUCUGUUAUAUUUCCUGCUCUUGUUUCCCUUGAGUCUGGUACAGGUACUUGUGGACAACACCAAUUCGUAUGCUGCUCAGAGUGGAGCCCAGGGUUGGACCGAUACCACCAUCGACGAGAUGAAGGCAUUCCUCGGGUUACAAAUUCUGAUGGGGAUUAUUCAGCUUCCCAGAUACACUAUGUAUUGGUCAUCUGAUAAGUUUAUCGGUAACAUUGGUUUUCAAGAAACGCUGAGUUUGAAAAGAUUUGAAAAGCUCACUCGGUAUUUCCAUCUAAGUGAUAAUACUACUCAGGGAGCCAGAGGAACACCUGAAUUUGACAGAUUACACAAAAUAAGACCUGUACUUGACGAGACAAGAAGGACAUUCCGGAGUCAGAUGAAUCCACCUAAGCAGCAGGCUAUUGAUGAGGGCAUGGUUAAGUACAAAGGGAGAUUUUUUGCAAGACAAUACAUGCCAAAUAAACCGGUCAAAAGAGGUUUUAAGAUAUUCAUGAGAUGUGAUGAGGAUGGUUACUGCUACGAUUAUUGGCCAUAUAUGGGAAAACAUGACUUUUUUCAUGGAAAGUCACUAGGAGAAAGAGUCGUCAAACACUUGUGUAGACCAUUGAAAUACAAAGGCCAUCAUGUGUUCUUUGACAGGUUCUUUACAUCCAUUUCCUUGGUGCGAACCUUGCUUCAGAAUGGGAUUUUUAGUUGUGGGACAAUAAAGAGCGACUCAGAAGGGUUUCCGCCAGAGUUAAGAAAUCCGGAUUUAAGGAGAGGGGAGACAUUACAGAUGCAACACGACCAAUUGCUUGCCACUGCUUGGAAAGAUAAGAAAACGGUACAUAUUUUGAGCACUAAUUGUAGUCCGUUUGGAGAUGGUCCAGUUGUCCGUCGAACUCGGGGUGGAAAUUUUGUUGAGGUUAUGUGUCCACCACCAGUAUCUGCCUAUCAACGUUAUAUGAGUGGAGUCGACAGAUGCAUGCAACACCGCGCAAAGAAUCCUGUUGGCAGACCAUCCAAAAAAUACUGGAAGUUUUUCUUCAACUUUAUCAUGGAAGUUUGCCUUAUAAAUGCAUUUGAGAUUUUUUCCAGAACACCUGGUAAGGAUCUUCCUGCCAAAACAAGGUUUGACCUGCUAGAUUUCAGGAUGGAGGUGGCUCAGCAACUUAUUGGAGGCUUCAGAGGAAGAAAGCGGGGCCAUCAUUUACAGGGUAUUCUUGACCCCCCUCAUGUUUUUUGCCAUCUGGAUCGCCUAAAGUCAACAUGCAAAUGGUGUACCAAACAUGGAGAAAAGAAAAGAAAGGAGACAGUUUAUGGUUGUAAAGGGUGUAACAAACACUUGUGUAGUGAACGAUGUUUCAGGGAAUUUCAUUCUGAUGUUAAUCUCUAAGAUCAAUUUGUUACAUAAGUCACAUAAUCAUGCUUGGAAAAUUUGUAUGGGAUGUCACUUGCAGGAAUACAUAAAACAUAGGAUUACUGUACAUUACAAUGACUCAAAGAUCAAAGUUAAUAUUCCUUAAUUUUAUGCAUUAUAUUUCAAAAUUUGAAUACCAUGUAUAGAGGCAUAUCAAAUCUUCUAAAUGUUAUUUUGAAAGCUAAGAUUUUAUUUUGUAAAUCUCCUUAAGUUUGUAA